GGAAGGAUAUACUUUACGAUGGCCUCCUCCUCCUCUUCCACUGACACAUCGCCCCUGGUAACUUCUCGCAGCGCCCAGAGCUCCGAGCAGGUGCUGUGCCGGAUCUGCUUAGACUCGACAGGCCAUGACUUAAUCGCACCUUGCCGCUGCAGAGGGACUCAGAAGUUUGUCCACAGGUCUUGCCUCGAUAGCUGGAGAGCCGCCAAGGAAGGAUCCGCAUUCUCACGCUGCACGGAAUGCCGAGCGACGUUCCACCUGCGAGCCAAUGUGCCACACGACAGAUGGUGGCGAAGGCUCAAGUUCCAGCUGCUGGUGAUGAGAGAUCACGCCGCCAUCGUCCUGGCUGCUCAGCUGGUUGUGGCAUUUCUGGGCCUGGUGGUGUACCUGCUGUAUGGGAGGGAGCUUAAGGAGAUGUUUGGAUACUCGCGGCAUCCUUACGGCUUCUAUUCACUUGCAGUUGUCGUGGCCCUCCUCUCGGGACUAUCGUACGGAUUCUUCGUUUCCAUCAUCUGCGGCCAACGAAUCAGCAACCGGCACUACCACGUCCUUGCAAAGCGCGAGCUGUCUCAAGAAUACGUGGUGCAAACAAUCAACGAUGGAGAAGAGGCACCGCCUAGCUUAGAUCCCGUGCACGUCAAUGAGCUCAAACGCCUUGGCCUCUACUGAAAGUUGGGAAGUCUAUUUUUUGAUGAUACAAUGUAUAUCUGCAGAACGGAGAAUGGAAUGUUGGUGUCACAUUCUGUCUUC